AGUCUUUGCUCAGAGUCUGCGCUGCAAACACGUCCCGCGCCCACUGCGUGCCGCGGGGACCAGGAGAUCCAAUGGGAUUGCAGCCGCAGCAAGAACCCAUGCAGAAUGCAAAGAAGGAUGGGUCCCAUGGAUACAUCGACAAGGGCGACUUGCUCUUGCUUUGGAAAAGCAAAGCUCCGACCGUAGAUGGUUCACAGAGUGCUGGAUCCACAUCUGGCUCUUCACCCAGAACUGAGGAUGAGGAACUUGCCUGGAAUCCCCUUGGCUUGGACGCUGAAGAGUUCCAAUUGGUACGGGAAGAGCAAGGUGACAGUGACAGUGAGUUGGUGUGGAACCCUCUUGGGCUGAAGGGUCCGAAACGUCAGGAGAAGGAAUCGCCGCUCAUGACGAAGCCGCCGGGUCUUGAAGAUGUGGAAGGCAGUGAUUAUCCAAGCCUUUGGAGCCGCUCCACUACCGCAGGUACGGUGGACAGCUAUGAGCCUGAUCCCAUCGCAGAUGAAGUUCUUGCAUCUGAGAUUGCCACCGUGCUUCACAUGAUGCAAACAGGAAAGUGCUCUCCGCCUUGGCUGGGCCAAACCCAGCGCAAAUCAAGGACGCGAGUACCUGAAGUCCGCGGAUCGCCCUUCUGGCCCGCUCCAGGAGCAUAUCUCCCUUUUGCACCUGGACAGGCUCAUUUCUGUCCAUGGUGCGGAUCCGCCCGGAUGAUCUUCCACAAGUUCUGUCCCCUCUGUGGCGUGUCCUACCCAGAUGUCGACAUGCAACUCGAGCCUUCACUGGAGAAACAAUUUAUCCAGUAUGCAUUUGGAACCCAAAUGUAGGCAGACUUUUUGAAUCCGCGUCUCGCACGGGUCCCGCAGAUGCGCAGUGAACAUGAUGGGCCCAGAAGUUCAUUGUGUUUCAUUUAAGGGCAUGGGUUUGGACAGGAUGACCUGUCUGGUUUAAGCCCCCGGUUCUGCAACACUGCAAGACGUCUGAAAGUGUCUUGAAUUUCUUUGGCUGAUGCCUGACGUGGCGCAGCCCAGGAGUGGAA